AUGGUCUGGAGUUCCCUGACUCGGAAAGCAAUCUGCCUCGUCCUGGCUCUCUGGGCCGUCCUAGUUUGGUAUUUGUUCCUGGCGCAGCAGGCUGCAAGCAGCAGGGAACGCAAUAUACUGGCUGGCGCGAAGGUUGUGGGCUCAAAAGUGAGGCAACUGCUGCGUCAUGACAGGGCCACUUUGCCACCAAGUGGGACACGGCCACCAAGUGGGACAACGCUGGCUCCUGGUGCAGCACAUCCUUGCGGCAAGUGCGAUUCGGGUCACGUGGAUGGAACUUGCUGCUGGGAGGUGCGGAGCAAUCGUGUUCGCGCAGCCUUUACUGACAAGCCAAAGUUGCAAUGGUACGCUUUUGACGUCUUCGGCGACACUGAAAGCCAAGCUGCAAGCUUGCCGGUGAGAGCAUCUCCUCUCUUCCACCUGCUGCCCUCAAGUCAGGACUUAGACUGCGGCCUGCAGGCAGUGAGCCAAGACGCCUUGAAGCUCGAGCUAGCCUUCAACCUGAGCUGCAGCAAUGGCCUGCUCGCUUCUUUCUCCGCCUGGCUUCCCAACGAGGAUUCGCACUUCGUUCGCUUCAAGGUCAGGCUUUGGCAAUCGCCUUCGGCAUCGAGCUGGCCUCCAGCUGGCUACCGACAGCUGGAGCUUUGGAGGCUGCAGGGCCCUCUCAACUUGACUGAGACGAAGCUUCCAGACUUUGGAGAGGACGACUUUGAUGCGGUGCUUGGGUUGCCCGUAGUGGUCAACAAACGCUUCUUCUUGGCUGUAGAGCACCCCAUGGGAGUCGUGACCACGCGCGGGGGCAGCGAUUCGCCGGACCUCUACGCAGGGCAACUGCAGCACCUGAAGAGCUUGGCUAAGCCGACAAGCGAGGCACCCUGGGAUUAUGGUUUUGUCAUCGGUGGUUUCAGCGAAAUGUCUCAGGCACGAAGAUCUUUCCUUGGCUACCUGCACUCACAGCGGCCUGGCCGCCGAAGCCCAAUGGUCCAUUACAACAGCUGGUACGAUUUCUACAGUUACCAGGACGAGGGCUUCAAUGGUGGCUUCAAGGAUCCGUGGCCCAAUGAGACUUUGAUAGCUUCGCUACGGCCGGACAAGAUGAGUGAAGGCAGCUGUUUGCACAGGGUCGAGGCCUUCGGUGAGGAAGUGGUCCGAAAGCGUGGCGCGAAACUGGACUCUUUUUUGUGGGAUGAUGGGUGGGACAAUCCACAAACACUCUGGGAAUUCGACACAGCUCGAUUUCCUCGAUGCUUUGAGAAGGUUGCCAGCAAGGCCAAGGAGUAUGGAGCUGGCACAGGUGUUUGGCUUUCGCCUUGGGGUGGCUAUGGCUUCACACAGGAGGAAAGAGUGAAAUAUGGCAAGCGUCAAGGCUACGAAACAAACUACAACCGCAAUAUCCAGUCAGAAGCCUUCAGCCUCGCAGGGAGAAAGUACCGAAAGGCGUUUCAUGAAACUGCCAUGAGCUUUCGGCGUGAGCAGGGCGUUAACAUGUUUAAAUUUGAUGGUGUGGCCGGCAAUCCCACGGAGCUAGGUAUGGAGAUGGAGGCAAUGUUGCAGACAAUUGCGGCUUUGCGAAGCGAGAAGGUGGAUAAGUCUGACGAAAAAGAUGAAGAUGAUGUUUGGAUUAAUCUAACCACUGGCACAUGGCCUUCUCCCUUCUUCCUGUUCUGGGCAGACUCGAUUUGGCGAGGUGGUCCUGACAUAGCCACAAGGCCACGAGAUUGGUACGGCCCUGUCAAGGCGCCGGACCAUUUCCAAAAAGGGCACUUCACCUUGCCAUCACUGAGCGAGAUAGGUUUGGACGGCCUAACUGGUCGGCAGCGAUGGAUUCGGUGGAGAAGUAUGGUUGUCUACAUGUUGGUCGCACGCAGGUCAACCUUUUUCCCUCUGUCCCAGCUCAUGAUCCACGGGGUUGUCGUCGCUUCUCACGGUGAUGCCUUGCAUUGGGGACUGGACAAAUACGACAGCGUCGAUUUCACUCAAGAAGUCUGGUCCUUCGUGGCACUGGGACUGCAACUGCAGGAGCUGUACGUGGCACCACGCCACAUGACUGCUGAGGCAUGGGAUAUAUUGGCUGAGGCUUUGAAGUGGUCUCGCCAACACGCAGCCGUCCUGCGCGACAGUCACUGGGCGUUCGGUGACGUCACCAGGUACAAGGUCUAUUGCGUGACCUCGUGGGACGUGGUGAGCAUGCGUGGGCACAUGCUUUUCCACAAUCCGACAGGAGCUCCGCAAGCCAGCAAUCACUUCAACUUGAACGAGGUCUUAGAGCUUCCGCUUGCCCAGAGGGGUGAGACCUUCACUGUCAAAUUAGUGAAAAGCGCCUUCCGGCCUACCGCAAAAUCGGAAGCCAUUGAGCGCCUCCCUGGAUGGAACUGCACAUCGACAUUCCGUGAAGGGAGCACAUCCGCAUGCAGGUUGUUACCUACUGCGCAAGUUCAAGUAGUCCUUGAGGCGACAGAGGUGCUGGUCCUCUCCGUGGCGAAACGAGAGUGA